UGUUUCAUCUCUCUGUCGGUUAGCGCGGGUGACGAAGAGAACGGAGGCGCGCUUGCGAGUUUAAAAUAGUUCCCGUGGAGUUUGAUGAGGUUGCGGGCGCGGACGGUUUUACGCUUGCGAGUUUUUUGAGGCAGAGGGAAAUUGCCGGCUUCCUCGCGUGCAGUGGUUGGGGACUGCGUGCAAUCUGUUUUGGCGACGAGUGCGUUGAGCGCCGUUGGCCUCUACAUCGGAGUGUUCAGUAACCAAGCGGCAAGUAUCGUCCGAAUCAGCGAUGCCUUCGCGUUUUACGGGCAAGUUGUGCCAAUUCCUGUUCCAACACCUCGAGCGCGGCACCUUCGGCGAGCGGCUGCGUUGGCUCGACCGACCGUCAGGCGUGUUCCAGCUGGUGUGGAAGCACGGUAAUGGAAGCUCCACCGUGCCACACAGGGACUGCGCCGUGUUCUUGGCGUGGGAUCGGUAUAAGGCGCGUGGUCAUCGAUGCAAGCCAUUCGAUGCCAAGCAGCGUUUCCGCGCUGCGAUGUCCAAGAUGAAGCUGCAACUCCUCGAAGCCUGGGGACUCCAUGAGCCUAAACAAGGCUAUCAGAUUCGAAAAUUUCCAAGAGCCGACCUGGAUCACCUCCUGAAGAAGGCCCACAAAAAACGGGCCACAAGACGCUCGCGCCGUGCCUCUGUCAGCUAUGACUCUGUGAGUGGAGCAGACACGGACAGCACUGCCACCGAAGGCUCCUCCUCUGAGCUGCCCAAGGAGAAGUCACUGCUCAACAAUGCCAACGUAACGAGUCCAGGACCAGAGGAGUACCAGAGAUCCAGGCGUGAAGUGGACGUCUCUGUGGUGGCGAUCGUACGAACGCUGUUGGUUCUCUUGGGGGAUCAGGAGGCGAGCGCAGGCAAUUUCGCGUGCUUGGGCUGCCCUGGUGAUUGCGUCAAGUGCAUAUUAGGUGGCCUCUGCUGCAGCGGAUAG